AUGAAUGACAAUAUCAAGAUACAAGUGGGCAACAUUAGAGCUUCAUUUCAUAAGAAUUUUUAUGAAGUUGAGCAUACACACACUAGUCCUUUUUAUGCGAAUUUACGUGGUUCAGUAUCAAGAGCUACAUUGAGGCGCAUUGCUGAAGAGUGGUUGAGGAUUGACAUGGUGGGUACAAACACUCAAAAGUGCGGGUGUAUUCAUAGAAGAGUAUAUGGUUUACCAUGUGCUUGUGAGUUAGGGAGAUAUAUAUUGAGUGGUGAUCCGAUACCAAUUGAGGCUAUUCAUAUUCAUUGGAGAAAGCUAAAUAUGGAAGGUAAUCAAGAUGUAGAUACAAAUGAUGGAUCAGAAGUGGACAUGACCAAUGCAAUUGAUGAAAUUUGGAAAAGCUUCAGGUCACUAGAUGUUGUAGGAAAAAGAGCAUUAAAAAGCAUAGUGUGUGAAAUUGCUUAUCCCGCUAAAACAAAGAUGUAUCCACCGCCUGAAAAAAUUAAAACCAAAGGAAGGGUGAAGAAGAAAGAGAACAGAUUUGUGGGAUAUGAUAUUAUAUCAGACCAUUUAUACAUUGUUAAUGUAAGAGACGGUGGAAAUUGUGGGUAUAGAGCCAUUGCACCUUUGUAUGGUUAUGGCACAGAUGGAUGGUCAAUGGUUCGUCGGGAAUUGGAGAAAGAAAUUAUAGGUCCUAGAAGCAAGCUCUAUGAGGAAUUAUUUGGAGUACGCCUUUCACAAGUGAGAAAAUUGUUCGUGAUAGGUUUUUUAGGACAACAGCCACCAGAUAAAUGGAUGACAUUACUUGAUAUGGGCUAUGUAAUAGCUAAUCGGUAUAACGUCGUUCUCGUCUCUUUAGGUUACCCUGGUUUGAGUUACUUUCCUAAGACAAGUGCACAUUCACCUAAUGCAUACAUUUACUGCAUUGGGUUUUUAAAUGGAAACCAUUGGGUUCAGGUAAACAUGAAUGAACGAUUUUCGUUGCCAACUGUCACAACCGAUUGGAAAAAAUAUCGCACUAAAGAUGCGACUUCUUGGAUGGUAGGAUUUGCCGGCCAAUUCCAACAUUGGCAGCGUCUUACGCUCGUAUUGCCAAAAUAUGUUAGAUUAUGA